CGUGACGUUUUAGCCGGUACCCACAUCGUGAUUGCGUCGAAGUUGAUCAAAAUUAUUUCCCGCCAAGUUCUAUUGCUAUAUUCGGAUACGAAAGCCAAGUGUUAUCUGUUUUCACGUGGAGUCACAUUGAAAUCAAAAUGUGGGCUAAUGAUUCAACGAUGCAAAGUGAAGGAGGAUAUUUUGAUGAGUCUCGUACAGCAUCUACUGAAGAAGGAAAAGAAUCAUCUACAAGAGGCCAAAAUAUUGUGCCUGUAAUGAUAGCUUACAUAACGCAAUGUAACGGUGAUUUGAAUGUUUGGGGUAAUACGGUGCGCAUUGUGACAUUUGUGGGUAUAGUACGUAGUAUCGAACAAGUCACAACAAGAAUUUCAUACGAAAUAGAAGAUCAAACAGAUUGUAUUACAGCAUUUAGUUGGUUAGAAAAGGAAAAAUCCAACAUUAAAGAGCCAAAUAUUGAAACUAACACGUACGUUAAAGUUUAUGGGUUUUUACGAGAACAAGAAGGAAAGACAUGCGUCCUUAUACUUCGUAUAGCGCCAAUAAAAGAAUUUGCAGAACUGACGGGUCAUCUUUUAGAGGUUACGUAUGCUAUGCUAAAAUUGGAGGAACUCACUGGAACAGAAAAUGCACCUGAAAAUAAAGUAUCAACUGCAACUAAGUCUUCCUCAAAUGUUGACGAUGAUACUUCUACCAUGACACCCGAUGAAAUAAUAAUAUACAAGCUUAUCAAGUCUAAAUGUGAUACAGAUUGUGGAAUAGAAAGGGAUGAUAUUAAACGCCAGGUAGAGGCUCGCCUUAAACCACGCGUCGAUGAUUUAAUCGAUCAAUUAGCAACCGAAGGCCAUAUCUAUACUACCAGUACAGAUGAUCACUUCAAAACCACAUAAGAAUUCAAUUGUAUUCAAACCAUUUUGUAUUAUGUAAUGUAAGUAAUAAAUAUUUUCUUUAAACAAA